AACCACAAUGUUAGCCUUCAGUUUACCAUUCUUUUCUGUGCUCCUCCUCUUCACCACCACUGCACAACCAUACAACGCCACGGAUCGCUUCUUCCUCGACUGCGGUUCAUCCUCCACCACUUCUGAUCACCCGAGAUGGAAUAGUGAUCAGAAUUCCAAUUCCGUGCCUUCUAACAUCAUCACCACUUCGUUUCCUUCCACUCCCUUCCAACCAGAUCCUUCUGUAUCCGGAAUCCUCCCUUACACUUCUGCCCGAAUUUUUAACGCUUCUUCGUUCACUUACACAUUUCCGGUCUACCAAGGACCCAAAUUCCUCCGCCUGCAUUUCUGUCCUGCCACCUACUCCGACCUCAACCCAGAACAGUCUCUCUUCACGGUAACAUCCAAUGGCUUCACUCUGUUAACCAACUUCAGCGCUUUCCUAACCGCGUUCUAUUUGAACAGGAAAAGCUUUGUCAAAGAAUUUGUCAUCUACGUAACAGAUGCACAAAUCCUAAACGUUACCUUUACACCCUCACCCAAUUCAUAUGCCUUCAUCAAUGGUAUUGAAAUCGUUUCAAUGCCCGAAAGUCUGUAUUUUAGUGGUGGCAGCUUGAAAUACGUCGGCCAAAAUACAGGACCUGUAAUUGACAGCAAAGCGGCGCUUGAAAAUAUUUACAGAUUAAACAUGGGUGGGGGAUAUAUAUCGGGUACUGAUGAUACUGGUAUGUACCGAUCAUGGGAACAAGAUACUGGCUACAUACACGGAGCAGCAAUCGGGUGGACACCAGUUUAUGAUCCAAAGAAGCCGAUUAUAUAUACUAUGGAGACACCGGAUUAUACUGCACCCGAGCUAGUUUAUCGAACCCAAAGGAGUAUGGGCAAUCAGUCUGACCGGUACAAUCUGACUUGGAUACUUCCCGUUGAUUCUGGAUUUUUUUACAAGCUCAGGCUACAUUUUUGCAACAUUAUAUCACAAUAUACAGAAAGAGGUCAGGUGGUUUUCAAAAUCUUCAUUAAUAAUCAAACUGCUGACGAGGAAAUUGAUCUGUUCCACUUAAGUCGAGAUAGCGGGUAUCCUGUAUACAAGGACUACCUUGUGUUUAUCGAUGACCCUGAUGGCAGGAGAGGCAAGCAAGAUUUGUGGGUCGCGAUGCAUCCUAAUCCUAAUUCUGAAAAAUAUCGUGACGCGUAUUUGAACGGGUUGGAAGCCUUCAAGUUGAGCAUGGAUAGCAGCCUUGCUAGCCCCAACCCAGAAUAUAGUCGUGAAUACCCACAGCCAAGGGCUGCGUCUCCCGUAAUACAAAACACAAAGAAAACGAUGGCGUAUGGCCCCGUAAUAGGUGGUGUUGGGGGAGGGUUAGUCUUGUUGACUGUUUUAGUUCUUGUAGUUUUCCUGCGAUCAAGAGUCGAAUCAUUACCGUUAGGUAGAUGCCGUCGUUUUUCACUUAAAGAAAUGAAAGUUGCUACCUGUGAAUUUGAUGACAGAUGUGUCAUAGGCAAAGGAGGGUUUGGUAAGGUUUACAAAGGUUACAUUGACAACGCUAAAACCGUUGUUGCAAUCAAACGGCUCAACUCUGCAUCCAAACAAGGUUUUCGAGAAUUCAGAGCAGAAAUAGGGUUUCUAUCCAAACUACGCCAUGUCCAACUAGUGUCCCUGAUUGGAUAUUGUGAUGAUGAGGGCGAGAUGAUACUGGUCUAUGAUUACAUGCCCAACGGAACUCUACGGGAAAAUUUAUACAAGAAUAACAACCCUCCUUUGUCAUGGAAAAGACGUCUUCAUAUUUGCAUUGGUGCAGCCAAAGGGUUGCAAUAUCUCCACACGGGUGCAAACCGUGCAAUAAUCCAUCGUGAUGUCAAGUCCACAAAUAUCUUACUGGAUAAAAAUUGGGUUGCUAAGUUGUCUGACUUUGGAUUGUCGAAGCUAGGCCCUAAAGACAGAACACAAAACCAUGUUAGCACAAUGGUGAAGGGUACCAUCGGGUAUUUGGAUCCUGAAUAUUACCGAAGGAAACAACUCACCGAAAAAUCUGACGUGUAUUCCUUUGGAGUCGUUUUGCUUGAAGUGUUGUGUGCAAGACCUGUCAUCAAUCUAGGGUUACCUGAUGAAGAGGUGAGUCUGGCAGAACUGGGAAAGUCAUGUUAUCGAAAAGGGACCCUGCAUCAGAUAAUUGAUCUAAACCUAAGUGGUGAGAUUGCCCCUAGGUGCUUAAUGAAGUUUGGAGAGGUAGCAUAUAGUUGCUUGAAAGAAGAAGGAAUUGCGCGCCCAACUAUGGACGAUGUGAUUUGGGGACUAGAGUUUGCCUUGCAACUGCAAGAACAUGCUGAGAAAUCAGGGGGAAUGGUUGGUGAGGCAAUGUUAGAAUAUCAACAGCUUUCAUUCAUCAUGCAAGCAGAGCCAGCCACAACUGAUGAACAUGCAUUACUGGGUUCAACUGGAAUGGCAAAACGACAUGACACAUCAUCGACUGACACUUUCACAGAGAUAUCGCAGCUAACGGGACGCUAAUGUAACUUUUGGGGCUUAGAAUCCAGUACCUUGAAAGGUUAUAUUCUGCAAAAUCAUUAAAAGUUACCAUACAAUGAUACAAAGCCACAGUUGUAGGCUUUUUUUA